UUCUUUUUCAGAUCUUCUCCUUUCGGUACAGUAGUUCUUUUGCUUCUAUGGUAUCAGCCUCCAUUCCUUCCCUUUUAUUUUGCUUCAUCUGUAUCAGAAGGCGACUGUACUAAAACGAGUGCACGAGAAAGAGAAAGAGAAAGAGAAGAAAAGUCUCAAGAGGAGGAAGGGAAGAAGGUUUCACUCCAACUAAAAGACGGAUCGAAUUCAGUAAUUAACUUCUAGCGCAUCCAUGUCCCCCAGGGUCACUACCAAGGCAUAACGACGUGCCAAGAACAUCAGAUGGAUCACAUAGCUCAACAGAGCCGGAGGGACAAGCUGAGGGUGCAAGGAUUUGAAGCCACCACUCUGCACCCACUGGACCAGAUUGAAGACAAAAGAUUAGAUCUUGGCGCCUAUGAGCAUACUAGGACUGGUAACAUAUUAUCCGACAUGUUCAAUUUUUCAGCACCCGGAUUAGCUAGCCAGAUCUCCGGGAUCGACCGCCUACCGCCAAGGCCGGUUCCUGAAUUCUCCGGCGAGUGGUACGGGGACAACAGACAAGGGGUGGUGAUGGGCAGUAAUUUUAGCUCUUUGGGUGAUACUGCAGCUGAUUCAGCGACGGUGCAACUCUUGUUAAUGAACAUGCCAUCUCAUGAGCCACAUCCGAGGUCUACUACCUUCGGAGAUGGUUCAUUUAGUGGGGGAGUGGUAGAAAACCGAGGGCUAUCUCUAUCGCUCUCUUCAUCUCUUCACGAACUAGAGAUGGGUGGAGUGAGUGUGGUAAGGAAUUCAAGUUUUGUGAGGGCUGCUACAGAGCUGUUAGAAGAGGUCUGCAGUGUGUGGAGGGAGCACUUGAAGGGGAGAAGGUCAAGAAAGCAAAUUUACUCCUCAAACCCUAACAAUAAUCCUAGCUUUGCAGGUGCUAAUGGCGCUUCUUCUAGUGCUGCUGUUGGGUCUUCUUCCUCCCCUAAGUAUCUGCCAUCCUUGUCUUCUGCUGAUAGGUUUGCGCACCAAAGGAAGAAGGCCAAGCUUUUGUCCAUGCUUGAUGAGGUGGAUAAGAGAUACAAUCACUACUGUAACCAGAUGCAGAUGGUAGUGAACUCCUUUGAUUCAGUGAUGGGCUUCGGAGCUGCAACACCAUACAUAGGCCUUGGUCACAAGGCCAUGUCACGGCACUUCCGCUGCAUCAAGGAUGCAAUCAGUAAGCAAUUGAAGCAAGUGCAUGAACUCCUUGGAGAGAAAGAAGAAGGUAGCACUUCAGGAAUCACUAAAGGGGAGACCCCAAGGCUUAGGUUGCUUGAACAAAGCCUGAGGCAGCGUCGACCAUAUCACCAGAUUGGAAUGAUAGAAUCCGAAGCUUGGAGGCCUCAGCGAGGCUUACCUGAACGUUCCGUGAAUAUUUUGAGAGCAUGGCUCUUUGAGCACUUCCUUCACCCGUAUCCAAGUGAUGCAGAUAAACAACAAUUGGCAAGACAGACAGGUCUGUCUAGAAAUCAGGUCUCCAACUGGUUUAUAAACGCAAGGGUGCGGCUGUGGAAGCCCAUGGUGGAAGAGAUCUAUCAACAGGAGGCCAAGGAAAAGGUGGCGACAAGGAGAGAAGACAAGAAGGACGGACAGGGAGUAAGGCCACAAUCACCACCCCAGAAUAAUUCACCACAAGGCCAGGGACCAGAAGCCAACUUAACUGAUAGCCCAGCGGCGGCCGCAGCCCAUCAAUCUAACGACGACGCCAUCCUCAUCGGCACCGAUACACCCGCCUCCGCAAUGGACCUUUGUGGGGCAGACAUGGAACCCAUGGAUGACUUGUGUGGGACCGCUGCAGCCACCGCACUGGGGUCCGGUGUGCGUCUUGGUGCAGCCGGAGAUGUAUCGCUAACUCUCGGCCUCCGGCAUUCUGGGAACUCGUCGGAAAAGCACUGGUUUUAUGGUUAAGGAAGUUUUGGAGGGAGGGUUGCUAUAAAAAAAGAGGAGGAGAAGAGAAAGAAUAGCAGACUAGCCUUCUAAUUACUGUUAUAUGUGUUCUUUUUUUUCAGACAAUCAGGGAGAGGUAUUUGUGGGAAAAAAUAGAUUUGAGUACUAUGAACGCAUAAAGAUUACUAGGUUGCAGGUUGCUUAGAAGAGAAAGGAAUUGCAUGCCACUAAUCAUCCUUUCUAUUCUUCUUCAUUCAGUUAUUUGUUCAUUCUUCUCCUCCAAAUUAUCAUCCUCUAUGAAACCAGCUGGUUUCAUCAA